AUGCCUGUCCCCGAGUCCGAGUACGUGAGUUCGGUGUGGAAGGAUGGGAUCUUCAGUGAGUUGGCCGGGAUUCCUCCUCGCAAUAGGGCCGUCGAGACUAAUCAUUCCAACAUAGAUGACAGGGUCGCCUUUGUUACCGGCGGCGCUGGAACCAUUUGCAGCGCCCAAACCCGCGCUCUUGUGCGCCUGGGAGCAAACGCAUGUAUCAUCGGCCGCAAUGUCGAAAAGACAGAGGCCAUGGCCAAGGACCUAGCCACUGCCAGGCCUGGUGCCAAGGUCAUCGGCAUCGGCGGUUGCGAUGUCAGAAAUCCCCAGAGUCUGCAAGAUGCCGCAGACAGGUGUGCCAAUGAACUUGGGGGUAUCGACUUUGUCAUUGCGGGUGCUGCUGGCAACUUCAUCGCCCCCUUGUCCGGCAUGAGUCCCAACGCCUUCAAGGCCGUCAUCGACAUUGACGUCUUGGGCACUUUCAACACCAUCAAGGCAACCAUCCCAUACCUGGUCGAGUCGGCAAAGAAGAACCCCACCCCGAGCAAGGACGGCCGGACGGGCGGUCGCAUCAUCUUCGUCUCAGCCACUUUCCACUGGACGGGUAUGCCACUGCAGGCCCAUGUGUCAGCGGCCAAGGCAGCUGUCGAUGCCCUCAUGGCCUCGGUCACAUUGGAGUAUGGGCCAUUUGGGGUCACCAGCAACGUCAUCGCUCCGGGCCCGAUCAAGGACACGGAAGGCAUGCAACGCUUGGCCAGCAGCCAGCAGGACCAGGCCAAGGCCGACUCUGUGGUGCCACAAGGCCGGUGGGGCGUUGUUCGGGACAUCGCCGACUCCACCGUUUACCUGUUUAGCGACGCCGGCAGCUAUGUCAACGGCCAGGCGAUCCCCGUUGACGGCGGCUCCUGGAGACGGCAGGGCGCACUGUCUGUGGGGACCGACGAAGGCAUGAGAUAUCCGGAUUUCCUCCUGCGGGGAGAGAUUUCGAAGCACGUCAAGAGUGGGCGUAAGAACGAUUCGAAGCUGUAG